AUUAAUCUAGCAAGCGAAACGCGACGUCCCUCCACAAAAUCAUCAACGCGACUCACAGCAAUAGUGUUUGCGCCUCAAACUCUCAAUCGUUUGCUACCACAUCAAUUACUUUUGCACCAAGUCGUGCAUUUAGAUUCUUAUCGGUUCGACGCGCAUGAGAAGUCGAACAUCCAUUUUGGAGAUCAAGAGCGACUCCUGUUGCGCCAAAUUGAGAAAGUGUUUACGAGUAAACCAUUGCGACAGGUUUACUAUAUCAAAAUAUAAUCAAAUAUGGAGGAUAAUUCAUUAAACUUCGAUUCGGCUCCAGGCAGUAAUGCCAUACUCGAGCAGCCACCACUCCCCGCAGAGUCUACCUCAUCACCAAGUCAAGGGACCACUGGGCAAACCCAAGUAGCGGAAGGUAUAAAUCAUCAGCUAUUCAUACUAUGCGCGAUUUUUAGCAGCUAACUAUCUGCAGAUAUUCCAAUGGGUGAAGCUAGUUCUGUUGAUCCAGACAUUAAGAAAAGCUCAACUGCGCCUGUCUCGGACAACCCGCUCGAUGCGCCUGACGCACCUCGUCCAGAAGCAGAUGAACCUAAGGAUGAGGAGAUGGGUAAUUCUCAAGCACAAGACGAAGUGAAAGAAAGCAAAGAAGGGGAUGGAGAAAAUGGGACUACCGAUGGACAGGUCGAGAAAACAAAAGCUUCGAUCGAAGCAUCAGCAAGGGAACAUCUCAUAUCGCAAACACAUUUAACCCUAAUACCGAGUUAUAGUAAUUGGUUCGACAUGCGUGUCAUUGCACCUGUCGAGAAGAAGUCUUUGCCGGAGUUCUUCAACAACCGCAAUCGCAGCAAGACCCCAGCCGUCUACAAAGAUUAUCGGGACUUCAUGGUCAAUACCUACCGAUUGAACCCAAUAGAGUAUUUGACUGUGACAGCAUGCAGGAGGAACCUGGCGGGAGAUGUUUGCGCUAUUAUGCGUGUCCAUGCCUUUCUCGAGCAAUGGGGCUUGAUAAAUUAUCAAGUAUGUUAUUCUCACUAUUCAAAACGAUUACGAUCUUUGCUAACGAGUGUAGGUUGACGCACAACAAAGACCUUCCCAAGUCGGUCCUCCGUUCACCGGGCAUUUCAAGGUAAUAUGCGAUACCCCCCGUGGCCUGCAGCCGUGGCAGCCUUCCGCCGAUCCGAUCGUUCUCAAGGGCAAGAAACAUGAAGAUACGGAAGCCAAGGCAGCUGCAGAGCCAGCUUCCAAGUCCGACUUGAAUCUGCAGAUAGGACGCAAUAUAUACGACGCUACUGCCAAGGAAAAUAGACUGAGUGCUGACUCUAAAAAACAAACGAAUGGCGAGGCUGCGAGCACCAAUGGCACUUCGGACAUUGUUCAAAAAUCCAUCGAGGACAUUGUAAAGCCCCCAGCAACGAAGAUCCUCUGUUUUGUUUGCGGUGUUGAUUGCACUCGUGUUUAUUAUCAUCAUAUGUCUCCAGCCGACCCGGCAGCUUCUGGAACCACUAAGGGUAAAUCAGAUAUCUGUUCAAACUGUUUCAUGGAAGGUCGAUACCCUCACAACCAUGCCCGUUUACAAUACCAAAAGAUGGAGAAUCCAACAUACACCGCCGCCCCUGAACUUUCUCGUGAUUGGAGUGAUACCGAGGUUCUGCGACUCUUAGAGGCUUUAGAGAGCAACGAUGAUGACUGGACGGCAGUUGCAGAGUAUGUUGGUACCAGGACUAAAGAAGAGUGUGUGGUCAAAUUCCUACAAUUUGAAAUUGAAGAUAAAUAUAUCGAUGUUGAGCCAAGCAACACCGAUAAAUCCAUCGGCGUUGGUAUGUUAGGCCCAGAGAACGGCAUGCUUCCCUUUAGUCAAGCGGACAAUCCGCUUAUGUCUGUGAUUGGGUUCCUGGCGAGUCUCACGGACCCUAAGAUUACGGCAGCUUCAGCUGGUAAAACGGUAGACGCGAUGAAGAAAAGUCUACGAGAAAAGAUUGAGAAACCCAUGGGAUCCGAGAAGGGGAACGAUAAGGAGGCAGUUUCGGACUCGAUGGAGGUUGACACUACUGAGUCAACUAAACAAUCAUUAAAUGAGAUUGCUGGCUAUCCUUUGGCUGCCGUCGCCGGUCGUGCUGGUGCCUUGGCAUCCCAUGAAGAACGGGAAAUGACUCGCUUAGUAUCAGCCGCCGUCAAUAUCACAUUAACGAAACUCGAUUUGAAAUUGAAGCAAUUUAACGAAAUGGAGGAUAUUCUACAAGCUGAGCGAAGGGAGUUAGAAAGAGGCCGUCAACAACUCUUUUUAGAUCGCCUGUCCUUCAAAAAGCGUGUUAGAGACGUACAGGAAGGUCUGAAAACAGCCGCCGCAACAGGCGGAGAACAAGGAAUUAAAAUGGCUCAAGAUGUCAUGCAAGGAGGGGAAAAAAUGUCUUUCAAUGGUGUUGCAGCUGCCCCAGGAAGCGUACAGCCUUUGAGUGCGGAAAGCCAAAUCAAGAGUUAUGAUAUUUAGGAAUGGUGCGAGCAGGCGGCAAGGAAUGAAUUGGCUGUAGGUAUUAUAUGGCGCAACUGGGGUUGAAUAUGGAAUAAUUACCGGCCAACUGCGUAAUAAAACUACGCACAUGUAUGUGUUUGUACUUUGAGAUCGGGGAGGUGCCUUUAUACAAGAGGAGUUUUACGCGUUUACUUUUCACAUCUCGUCUCAGGUGCUCAUGUGUAUUCUUAAGAUAAUGAAGUGACGCUUAUAU